AUGGAGUCGACGUCAGAUGGAGGUGACGAUUCUGGAAGCCGGCAAGAAGGUCGGUCAUCUGUUCAGGCUUGCGCUUCAUCCACUCCCAGAACAGACCUGGUCCAGGCAAGCCGGCGAGGCAGGCCGGCUUCUGCGACAGUCGGUGCGUUCAUUCGUGAGCCAGUGCGAGUGACAAGUCUGGCCGAGGUCGAAAUCGGUGCUUCGAGGCGAGGUCAAAUGCGACGGCCAGUCAGUGCGCCGCAUUCCACGACGCGGACUACGAAUGGCUCGAGUACAGCGCCGACCGAUCGCGGGCGAAGGGAAGAACAUGACGAAGAGGACGGUGAGAAGAGACGGACCGAAACGACGGCUAGCACUGGGACCCGAUUGAACACGACGGCAGCCGCGGAAGGCGAGACGAAAGUGGGUAGCGACGCAAAAUCUGGACCGGAAACAGUGCAUGUUCGACAGGAGCUGACUCCUGGAGACUACGAGGCCUGCCUAUUGAAGUUCGGCUGGAGGAUGGAGAUACACGGUGAUCCUCUCGGCAUAAAGUAA